UCCGCUGGGAUUUCUCGUUCCAUUUCUGAUGGUCCUCAAGGUCCUGUUCCAGCAGUUGUGGCUGCUUGGUCUUGAGUGGGACGAGCCACUCGGUGAUGAGCUGUCCGAGACCUUUCGCAGAUGGGUGGCAGGCCUUUCUGAGCUACCCAGCGUCAGGAUUCCCAGGUGUUUCAUGUUGAAAGGUGUGUGCUGGUCUAACGUGCAGGGUCUCGAGAUUCAUGUGUUUGCGGAUGCCAGCACGAAGGGUUACGGAUGUGUGUCCUAUGUGCGCUACUGCCUCCCCAGUGGAGGAUUUGGCGUGACGUUCGUGAUGGCGCGCGCUCGGGUGGCGCCUGUGAGGACAGUGACCCUUCCCAGGCUGGAGCUGCUGGCCUGUUUGUUGGCGGCUCGCCUGGCACGUCACGUGUCUACCGCACUGGAGCUGCCCAGCUCUGUGCCGGUUUUCUGCUGGACCGACUCCACUGUGGCGCUGGCGUGGGUGAGGAGCUCACCAGCCAAGUGGAAGCAGUUUGUCCGGAAUCGAGUGGGAGAGAUUCAGGAGCUCACCGACCCGUCCAGCUGGGGCCACGUCAGUAGCACUGACAAUCCUGCUGACGCUGCCUCCAGGGGUCUGAUGGCGGAUCAGCUGAUCGGCUCGUCACUGUGGCUGCGGGGUCCGGAGUGGCUUCUGUCUUCGGGUAGACCACCGGCCGAGAGUCAGCUGUUCGUGAGCGAGGAACUGGUGAACGAAGGGCCGGAGGACAGAGAGGACACUGACCGAGUGCUCUCUACUCAGGCGAGUGCUGAUGGGCUGAUCCCGCCUGUCGUGCUGAUGUCUCAGCCUGGUGCUGAAUCUCGAGACUGCGUGUUUCCCGUGGAGCGGUGGAGCUCGCUGACAAAGGCCGUUCGUGUCACGGCGUGGGUGAGACGUUUUGUUCUGAAUCUGCGGCAUCCUGAGAGCCGUGAUCUGUCAGCUGAGCUAUCCUAUGAAGAGCUUUGUCAGGCCAAGGCUGUUCUGAUUCAACAGACGCAGCGCGCCAGUUACCGUUUCGAGUACUCGGCGCUUGAGCAGGGUAAAGCGGUGUCCAGGUCGUCUCCUUUGUACAGACUGGCCCCGUACCUGGCUGAGGACGGUCUGCUCCGCAGGAGAGGCCGCCUUCAGAUGUCUGAUCUGUCGGCUGACGAGAAACAUCCGAUCAUCCUACCGAAGUGUCACCUGUCUCGACUUAUCGUUCGCUUCCAGCACAGGUUGAUGUGCCACGCGGGUGUCGGCACUCUGCUGUGCGCACUGCGCCGAACUUACUGGAUUGUGUCGGCACGGCGCAUUGCCAAAUCAGUGAAGCGUGAGUGUCUGGCAUGCCAGAGACAGGACUCGCCAGCGUGUUGUGAGCCGGCUGGCCCACUGCCGCGUGUCCGGGUGACGGAGUCGUCUCCGUUCAGUGUGACGGGCAUUGAUUUUGCAGGCCCGCUCUUCUCCGUGGACCAGCCGGGGAAGAAGUUCUAUGUCUGUCUCUUCACGUGUGGGACCACACGUGCCGUCCAUCUGGAGCUGACUGACGCGCUGUCCCUGCCUGCUUUUGUCAUGGCGCUGAGGCGUUUCGCCGCCAGACGGGGAUGGCCGGCUGUCAUCUAUUCUGACAACGCUGCUACUUUUAAGGCGUGUGCGGCUCGUCUCAGAGACACCAUGGCUGAUUCGGCUCCCGAGUGGAGGUUCAUCGUGCCGUCUGCACCCUGGUAUGGUGGAUGGUGGGAGCGGCUUGUGCGCUCGGUGAAGGUCGGCCUGCGUAAGGCUCUCGGCAGGAGGUGUCUCACGCGUGCUGAGCUGGAGACAGUCCUUCACGAGAUCGAGUCGUGCAUUAACUCCCGACCACUGACAUUUGUGACUGAUGACAGCGCCUGUGACGAACCCUUGACUCCGAAUCAUUUCCUGAUCGGUCGUGGUUCUGUAUUUGGCCCCGAUGUGGUGGAGGAUCCUGAGAAUGUGUCUGUGAGCUCACUCUGCCAGCGUGAGUCUGUCCGUCGGUCCCGUCUAGAGCAGUUCUGGCGGGUGUGGAGAGAGGAUUAUGUCCGAAACUUGCCUGCUCUCGUUCCCAAUUUCAAGUCCAGAGGUGGUUUGCGGGUGGGAUCAGUCGUGAUGAUCCACCGAGAUAACGUGCCACGUUUGCAGUGGCCCUGGGGAACGGUAGAGAGGCUGCACCCUGGUAAAGACGGCAUUGUGAGGAGUGUUGAUGUGCGGACGUGUAAAGGUGUGUAUACGUGUGCUGUUCAGCGUCUGCACCGCUUGGAGAUUGUAGAUGCCGGCUCCGAUCUCUCUGAUAGCCCUCGUGACGGAUCCGAUGACGGGUUCAGUGUUACCGAUCACGGAUCUGGUGGUACCUGUGACAGUUCUGGUGUGAGUCGCUCACGUGCUCACAGGUCAAGCAAUGUACCCUCUGUUCAAGCGGCCGAAAGGAUGUCCUAUCGGACCCGCUCGGGUCGCGUGUCUCGGCCGCCGGCUCGUUAUUAGUUAAGUUUGAUUCGCGAUUGCCGUCUUUCGUGUAUCAUUUAGUGUAAGUGCAUUGUGUUUGUUACGUUAUUGAGGCCUUGUGACGAGAUGACAAGAUCCUCAGGUGGGAGUAUGUUGGGAAUUGUCGGCCGCCACGGAUACUCGGGUGCCCGGCUGGCAUGGUACUGCCAUCUGCCGGCGUCAUGAUGAAGUGCGGGCACGGUGAGGGCGCUGGGGUGGUGAGUUUUGCGCAGUGUUGACGUGUCAUUCUGUGUUGUGCCCCGGCCCCGCCCAGUGCUGUGGUGGCGGCGCCGUGUUGGGACUGUUCAAGAGGAAUAC